UUCAGCUGAAGCCUCCAAAUGGGCAUAGAUCAUUCUGCUCCUAGACUGUCACUUACUGAUCAUGCUCCAUUUAAGCAGCCAUAUGGACUUUUUCAGGACUGACUUCCUGCUUUCCUCUGAAUUGAUCCUUAAAGCUGCGAGGGGCUGUAAGUCACUGCACAAUCCCUUAUCUCUACCUACAGUUCAAAUGCUGCCUCCUCUUCCUCUUUUGGAACAACCAAAGAUGAAUCAGAUUCUGCUUUUUAAUAUCUCCCUUAUUUUCUGCAUUGUCCUUGCUCAAGCACUCACUUGCCACGAUUGCAAAAAAUAUAACCGAGUUCAUGGCUGUCUACUUUGGAAGCAACAAACUUGUGAAGCUGUGUCAGGACAGCAAUGUAAGAUAGUCUCAAGUUUUCUGGGUGAUAUCAGGGGUUAUAUGAGUCAAGGGUGCACCAGAUCAGUUGCUGAAUGUGGAGCAACGCAGUUCCAUCCAGUACUUGGCUCUCAAUACACAAGUUGUUGCAAUGACCAUGACUUCUGUAAUGUAUGAUUAACAAGACAAGAAAUCUGUGUCUUCUGCUAUAUUCAGUCAUCUUAAGCUUCUCUCUAGUCUGAUUCCAAACCCCCAAAGCUUUUGCUGUAGAAAAUAGUUUACUGAACCUAGAUGACUACUGAAGGAUCCUAUGCAAGCAUUCAUCCUCUGCUCAGAUAUCAUACACCUGAACCUUUUAAAAUAGGUAAAAAAUUUAACCAUUAGACAGAUGCAUUGUGUCAUACAUGUGUG